AUGGACCCGCACUCGACCUCUUGGUCCAGCCUCGUAGCCUUUGUCACCAAAGUUCUGGCUCAAUUGCGCCAGGCAGCCCAGGAUGCCUGGCGUUACUGUUUCGGCCACGGAGGAAGCGGCGACGGAGGAAGAAAUGGCGACACAACAAGAGAUCAACCUUGCGGAGCCAACCAAGACAUGCCAAUGGAAGGUUCAACCACGGAUACUGAGCCUUUACUUGGAACUCCACGUAUGGCUCCGCAGCACCCGCCUGACCUUGUCGACAACGACGAGUCAGACGGCAGCACCUCGGGGCCUCCGACGCCGUCUUCGAGCUCUGAUCCCAUCGAUUACCGUUACGAUACUGCCAGCUCCACCUCGGUCUCGAUUCGUCGCUGCAAUCAGUCUCUUCGUCGCGCUCACUCUUCGAGCCUAAAAGACCAUCGUAUCACCGUCACACAGACAGACGCUCCUGCAAGCACAUCAGCACACCAGGUCACACCCAGGGGGUUGGCCGACCUGCCCUUCGAGGUAAUAGGCCACAUCAUCUCGUUUAUCGACCGCCGCGACCUGGCAGCAGUCAGCAGCGUCCGCCCUUUCCGCCAUCAUCCCGACGCUUGGAAACAUGUCAGGCUCCAAGUGAACCUCGACCAUAUCGACAUUCCAACUCGCGCUCCAUGCACCACCUCGAGCGAGAUCUUGGAGCUCGUGCGCGCAUACUCGGACCGCUCACGAGACAGUCGCGCAGUUGACGCCCCUGCGAGGCUCGAAAGCGUACUCAUUGAGGUGCCCCUUUGCCCUUGUCGCGAUCACCUCAUCCCCAUCCUUGAAGAGCUGCGUCGUAGCUGUGCCACUCUCCGGCAGAUCAGUAUUUCGAUUGCAGACCAAGCCCUAUGCCUGGAAGAGCUCUACAGUCAUUGUCCGCGUUUGAGCGCUAUCGAUCUGCGCUUUCUCGACAAGCUGCCGCCCUUCUUUCAGCGAACCUGGAACUUUCCAUCCAGGCGCUUUUCUCAGCGUACCUUUGCGCUCGACAAGUUUUACGCACCCAGCUCUUUGCCAUACUGCGAUCUCAGUCCGAAUACUUUGGGACUACGAUACCUCAAGGACGGUCUUGCACCAUCUCACGACCUGCGGGGUCUCGUCGAUGGCCUGCAUCAGCUGUCACCAACACUCCAAAUGUGGGAUUGCUCAUCUCAAUCGUAUGCGAUUGACAAGCUCGUUUCGUCUAGCUUUCUGCAAGGACCGAUGGAACGCAUCACUUUCGAUCAGCUCCAGGUGGUGUGCCGUCCCCCACUGCUCAACUGGCUCUUCUAUCUUUGUCCUAGCCUGAAAGAGGCGUACCAAAUCGACUUUACAGCCUUCAGGAUUCCCAUCGCGCCCAAUUACUUCGCAUCGGGCUACAUGCUGAGCAAGUGGGAGCAGCUCCGAAGGCUCGAAUUGGAGCUGCCAGCCAGCGCUCAAGAUCAGGAAAAGCUGUUGGAGGGUAUCACCUACCUACGCCACCUCAAGGUGCUCUACCUCAAUGUGCGACGCCCUGCCACAGCUCGGGUGCCGCUCCGAUCGCUGUACCCGAUGUUGACAAAGAGCCGGAGACGGGGCGACUCGAUGCUCGUGCCUGUGCCGAGUCUCGAAACCCUCAAUAUUUCGGGCCUGGUGGAUCCGCAUGAAGUGCUCAAGUUUGUUUGGUUACGCCAUGGUACUGCCCAAGGCAAGACUUGGUACGAGAUUUGCAAUGCAUACAACCAUCGGAUCCAGCAGCUGCCGGACGGAAGGCCGAUCCUGGUGCGUAGCGAUCCUCAGUCCAUGGCAGCAAGCUUGCCUAUCCCUAUCUCAGCGAGCAUCGCCAACAUUCAGACUUUGCGCUUCCUUCAGGACGAUCAGCGCCACGCCGUGAAUGAGGCGAUUCAAGAGCUAGUCCCCACGUUCUCGCCAUCCGAGAUGCCGCGUGCCAUGUCUGGGAUUGGCUUCCAGUCUUGA